AUGCGCCGCGGCCUGCGUCGCGGGUUGGGCAUCCUCCUCGUCCCACUCCCGUACGCACCCAGCCGCCCGCCGCCGAUCUCUCUCGCGGCUCUCCUUCUCCUCCCCCGCCGCCUCAAUGGCUUCUCCCGCCACUCCUUUUGCAGCUUCCCCGGCGUGGGGCGUGCCGUUGAGCAGUUCUCAGACGACGAGUAUGACCACGAGUAUGAGGACCUCCGGGUUCGUGCUACAUCCAGCUCCGCAGGCGCACGGAUGAUACCUCUGCGUGACCUGCAGCGGAAUUCUUUUGUUUUCCUUGUUUGUUCGCUGCCUCGGAGUGAUUUCUUACUACACGUGCAGCCGUCGUCAUCGGUGGCGAACAUCGACGAGUGGAGGUGGAAGCUGAGCAUGCUUCAGCGCAACGUGGAGGAGCAGGAGAUCAUCUCCAGGGACCGGAGGGACCGCCGGGAUUAUGACCAGAUAGCCAACCUAGCCAAGAGGAUGGGGCUCUACAGUGAGAUGUACGGGCGGGUUGUGGUUGCGAGCAAGGUACCACUGCCGAACUACAGGCCUGAUCUGGAUGACAAGCGGCCACAAAGAGAGGUGGUGAUCCCGCUGAGCUUGCAGAGGAGAGUUGAAGGACUUGUGCAGGAGCAUCUAGACCGUGCACUCUUACCACUGGAUAAAUGUGGUGGCAACACAAAAAGUGGCUCUGAGAUGGCUGAGAAUGCAAACCUGGAUGAGCAGCAUGACUCUCUGCUUGAUCGGAAUCACCUGAAGGUGCUAAGAUGCUGGAAUUCCGGAGAUCACUUCCAGCAUACAAAGAAAAAGAAAAGGCUUCUAGCAGCCAUUGCACGCAAUCAGGUUAUUGUAAUUUCUGGUGAGACAGGGUGUGGUAAAACGACACAGCUGCCUCAGUUUGUAUUGGAAUCAGAGAUUGAGUCUGGUCGAGGGGCCUUUUGUAACAUAAUUUGUACACAGCCACGAAGAAUAUCUGCAAUGGCAGUUGCAGAAAGGGUAUCCACAGAGAGAGGAGAAAAUCUUGGCGAAUCGGUUGGCUAUAAAGUCCGAUUGGAGGGAAUUAAGGGAAAAGAUACACAUUUGCUUUUCUGCACCAGUGGCAUCUUACUAAGACGAUUACUGAGUGACCGAAACUUGAAUGGUGUGACUCAUGUGUUUGUUGAUGAAAUACACGAAAGGGGCAUGAAUGAAGAUUUCCUAUUGAUUGUACUAAAAGAGCUGUUAUCACGGCGCCGUGAUUUGAGGUUGAUAUUGAUGAGCGCUACUCUAAAUGCGGAACUCUUCUCAAGUUAUUUUGGAGGAGCACCAACUAUUCAUAUUCCUGGAUUCACACAUCCAGUAAGGACACAUUUUUUGGAAGACAUAUUAGAGAGGUCAGGCUACAAGUUGACCUCAAGCAAUCAACUUGAUGAUUAUGGGCAAGAUAAAGUCUGGAAAACUCAGAGACAGCUAUUGCCUAGAAAAAGGAAAAAUCAAAUUACUACACUUGUCGAGGAAGCCCUUAAAAAUUCAAGCUUUGAGACCUAUGGUUCCAGGACACGUGAUUCUCUAGUGAAUUGGAAUCCUGAUUGCAUUGGUUUCAACCUCAUAGAGGCUGUUCUGUGCCACAUAUGUCGCAAAGAGCGACCUGGUGCUGUUUUAGUUUUCAUGACUGGAUGGGACGAUAUUACUUGCUUGAAGGAUCAACUGAAAGCACAUCCUUUGUUAGGUGAUCCGAAUAGGGUUUUGCUGCUUGCAUGCCAUGGUUCUAUGGCUACUUCUGAGCAGAGGCUAAUUUUUGAGAAGCCACCUCCUAAUGUUCGGAAGGUAGUCCUUGCCACAAAUAUGGCAGAAGCAAGUAUUACAAUAAAUGAUAUCGUUUUUGUCGUUGAUUGUGGUAAAGCAAAGGAAACCACAUAUGAUGCUCUAAACAAUACUCCCUGCUUACUCCCCUCAUGGAUUUCGAAAGCUUCUGCCCGUCAGAGGAGGGGUAGAGCUGGCCGUGUGCAACCUGGAGAAUGCUACCAUCUGUACCCUAAAUGUGUGUAUGAUGCAUUUGCAGACUAUCAGCUUCCAGAGCUUCUUAGAACUCCUUUGAAUUCAUUAUGUCUGCAGAUAAAAAGUUUGCAAGUCGGCAGCAUUGGGGAGUUCCUAUCAGCUGCUCUACAGCCUCCAGCACCACUAGCUGUCGAAAAUGCAGUGGAAUUCCUGAAGAUGAUUGGAGCAUUAGAUGGAAAUGAGAAACUUACUGAUCUUGGACGAUACCUUUCCAUGCUUCCAGUUGAUCCAAAAUUGGGAAAGAUGCUUAUAAUGGGUGCAGUUUUCCGGUGCAUAGAUCCUAUACUUACUGUAGUUGCUGGACUGAGUGUUCGGGAUCCUUUCCUGUUGCCACAGGAAAAGAAGGAUUUGGCAGGAACAGCAAAAUCUAGAUUCUCAGCAAAGGAUUAUAGUGAUCAUAUGGCCCUCAUUCGGGCUUAUGAAGGAUGGAAGGAUGCAGAGAGAGAAGGGUCUGCUUAUGAAUACUGCUGGAGAAAUUUCCUUUCUUCUCAAACACUACAAGCCAUUCACUCUCUUCGGAAGCAAUUCAGCUAUAUUUUAAAGGAUUCCGGUUUGAUAGACUCUGAUGGGAAUACAAAUAACAGUUUGAGCCAUAAUCAAUCAUUGGUCCGCGGUAUUAUAUGUUCUGGGCUUUUUCCUGGGAUAGCAUCUGUUGUGCAUAGAGAAAACUCCAUGUCCUUUAAGACCAUGGAUGACGGCCAAGUUCUUCUUUAUGUUAAUUCAGUGAAUGCAAAAUAUCAGACCAUCCCAUAUCCAUGGCUGGUCUUUGGUGAGAAGGUGAAGGUGAAUGCUGUCUUCAUCCGUGAUUCAACUGGAGUAUCAGACUCCAUACUCUUUCUGUUUGGUGGUGCUGUAACAAAAGGAGGCAUGGCUGGGCACUUGAAGAUGCUCGAUGGCUACAUUGAUUUCUUUAUGGAUCCCAGCCUGUCUGAAUGCUACCUGCAACUUAAAGAAGAACUUGAUAAACUUAUACAGAAGAAGCUUGAAGACCCAAAUUUUGACAUCCACAAGGAAGGCAAGUACAUCCUAUUCGCCGUACAAGAGCUCGCCGCUGGUGACCUAUGCGAAGGGAGGUUCGUGUUUGGCCGCGAAACAAGCCGUGCCAGGCUCCGGAACCCUGAGGACGACGGCAAGAGCAACAUCAUAAAGGACGGGAUGAACCCCAAGAGCCUGCUGCAGACGCUGCUGAUGCGGGCCGGCCACACCCCACCCAAGUACAAGACGAAGCACCUCAAGACGAACGAGUUCAGGGCCAUGGUGGAGUUCAAGGGGAUGCAGUUCGUGGGGAAGCCGAAGCGGAACAAGCAGCUUGCAGAGCGGGACGCUGCCAUCGAGGCGCUGGGGUGGCUGACGCAGACGUCCGGCGUGAAGACGCAGGACGAGGACGACGAUGACUCGCCGCCGGACCUGACUGAUAGCAUGCUGAAGCUGCUCACCAGACCGAGGCGGCACUCGAAGAAUAACUCUAGAAAACGAUGA